AUGCGGGGUUAUAGCAAAGAGGAGGCCAAGCGACGAUGCACUUCGGUGCAAGCCUGGGAGCUCCCCAAGCAUCCCAGCGCUAUUGCUCCUGAUGGCGUCUGGACAAACUCGGACAUGGACCCAGUUCCCCUUGAGCAACAGACAUGGAGCAUAUGGACCAUUCUGGCUUACUGGAGUUCGGACUUGAUGAACUUGUCAACUUUGCAGACAGCAGGAAGUAUCUUAGCAGUCGGAUUAAGUUGGAGAGAGGCAAUACCUGCCAUGGCUGUGGGAACCCUUGCCAUUGCAGUGGCCAUGGUUCUCAACGGUGCGAUUGGUAGCAGACUACACGUCCCGUUUUCAGUCAUAGCAGCAGGGAGCUUUGGCUUCUACUUUCGAUACUUCGCCAUCGUCAGCCGAGCCAUCUUAGCCAUGUUCUGGUUCGGGGUUCAAUGUGCAAAUGGCUCAUUCUGUCUCACCAUCAUGUUGAGCGCAAUUGCGCCUUCUUAUGGAAGAAUCCCGAAUAGACUGCCCGAAUCAGCAGGCAUCACAUCCAUGGGGAUGUGUUCGUUCUUUCUGUUCUGGCUUCUCCAGCUUCCUCUGUUGCUCAUUCACCCAACCAAACUUCGGCCUUUAUUCUAUGUAAAACUUAUCGCCACGCCUGCUGUAGUCCUUGGCACAAUGGGGUGGGCAGUAAAGAAGGCUGGCGGUGGUGGAGAUAUCUUCAAGUUGCAGCCCGAAGUCCCUUCGGGGACACCACAAUAUGCCUGGCUGUGGCUGUCCUGCAUGUCGAGUGUCACAGGCCAGUGGGCGACGAUGGGGGUUAACAUCCCCGACUUUCUGCGUUAUGCCAAGAGUCCCAACGGCCAGCUGGUGCAGCUGCCCUUCGUCCCGAUGGUGUUUACGAUUUGUGGCACAUUGGGUAUCAUCACAACUUCAGCCACCAAGGUUUUUGUGGGCGAGUACCUUUGGAACCCCCUAGAUAUCGUCAGUCUAUGGCUCGCAAACGGAUCUGGUGGGCGUUGCGCUGCCUUCUUUGCAGCGCUUGCCUGGUUUAUCGCCACUGUCGGCACCAACAUCACGGCAAACUCGAUUAGUGCCGCUAAUGACCUGACAGUAAUGUUCCCCCGUUACUUGAAUAUCAAGAGGGGAUGCAUCGUCGCAGCCGUUAUUGGAGGAUGGGUGCUGGUACCGUGGAAGAUUCUCAGUUCCGCGCAGACCUUUCUUAACUUCAUGGGCGCCUAUGCCGUGUUCCUCGCUCCCAUCAGUGGCAUUAUGGCGGCAGACUUUUGGAUUGUCAAGAAGCAGCGCUACGACCUGCCUGGUGAGUACAGUCUUAAUGAUGUCGGCUUUGUCAUAUCACUGUACGAUCCUCAUGGGCGUUAUCGGUACGUCGCUGGAUGUAAUUGGCGAGCAUUUGUGGCAUUUAUAGUGCCUGUAGGCCCUUCACUACCCGGGAUGGCGCUGGCCAUCAGUGGGUACCCGGCGGUCAAGAUCUCUGAAGGCGCGAAACAUCUGUAUAGCUUCGACUGGCUCUUUGGUUUUGUGGUAUCGAUCUUCUUAUACACGGCUCUUAGCUGGCUCGUGCCGGCCCAGGAAUCUCUGGUGCCACAGACGAUUUGGGUAAGGGAAAACAUGGGCAUCGAGGGUACAGCUCAAGGCAGUGACGUCGAAAACCCCAAUUUCCCUGAAAAGGUGCGAACGACGUCUCAGGAUACUCAUCGAAGGCCCGAUUCCAAGGUACUUUGA